AUGUCGCUUCCCACUAUAACACGACCUCCAAUCGCAUCGGCUACUGGCGAAUCACAUCCGCAUGGCAUGCACGUGUUGACUAGACAUGCUUUUGUGGUCUCAGGGUGGGUUGCAUUGGUGAAUGCUGAAAGUGUGACGAUCGGGGUAGUCGUAAUAUCUGCACUCUGGCACAUCCCGGGUGCACGCACAUUGAUCAACCCUCUCAAGUUGUUUACGAUCGGCUGGCAUGAGUUAUGUCACAUGGCAGCUGCCAUAUUUACUGGUGGUCGAAUCACGAGUAUAUCCAUUGACCCCAAUACUGGAGGGUGCACACGUGUAGAAGGAGGGCAUCCCCCGACCAUUCUUGCAGCCGGCUACUUUGGCUCCACCCUCAUAGGUGCAGGUCUUGUUGUUGCAUCCUGGGAUACCUUGGCUGCGAAAAUAGCGUCGUUCCCUGUGGCAAUUGGGUUGGCGGUCCCGCUCAUCUUAGUUCGAGAUGUAUUCACGAUCAUACUGAUCGUUAUUUACGAAGCUUUGCUUAUUGGCUUUUGGUUCAUCAAUCAUGCUGACGCACUGAGAUAUUAUUGCCUGUUCUUGGGAAUAAUGAGUAUUUUCUUCGUAGUCUGGGACUUUACAGAUGAUCGUUUCUUUAAGAAACUAAACGAUUCCGAUGCGACACAAUUUAGCCUUUUGUACCCUAAGGUGCCUCCUCAUUACUGGGCUACUGGUUGGUUGAUAUUUAAAUCUGACGGUAGCGCUUUCAAACAGAGGACCCCAGGUAAAUACCUUUUCUUGGAUAUCUAUUCAGGCUCUGACCGAAUUUUAGACGAAAUGGCAGAGGAAGCUGCAAUCUUCCUUCCUACGAGAUGA